GCGAUGUAUCCUCGGCGAGUUACAGACGUAGGCGCCGAGUCCGGUAGCGAUGGGAUCUGUGGCUGGUCUGGUCCAUCCAGCACACCCAUCGCAUCCCGCCGGCUUGGACGAACUGUGCGUUUCGUUCCACAUCGCUCGUAAGGAGGCAUGCCUCGGCGGAUUCGUAACUGCCAUGGACAGCGCAGGCUCGACCCGCUGUAAUUUCGUGGACAAUAUGGGCUGUGAUGGCGUCGGGGAGCACCGGGAGGUCAUUGUCGACGUCAGUCGGAGUGACCUGUGAGGAGACUAUCACGAUGCCGUCCACUUGGGAGAAUGUACGCGUUUCCGGGACCAUGCUCCUUCGCGGAGGCCUCGCGCUCUCGCCGAUCAUCGCCGCGUACCAGGGCACCUCGCUCAUCCCUCCACCCUCGCCGAGCCUCGCGACGCAGGGCAUCCUAGCGGGACUCGCCGCGUCCAGCUUGCCCGCUUUCUUCUAUGUCGUGCCUAUGGUCUUCGGCAACAAGCCUCGCCCGUCUCGGUCGCCCUUGUUCCUGCCUGUGACGGCUUUCGUGGUCACCACGGACGUCUUCUCCUGGAUCGCCGCGCUUGUGCUCGCUCGGCAGCGCAAGACCGGGCGGACUGAUUGGUUGUUGGACACGAUGGCAAAGCUGCAGCUGACUUCCUCGGUGUUGCUUGGGAUCGGAAGUGUCAUUCGGAAGUAUCUGAAGAUGGGUCAGAUCAAUCCUGCUCUUUCGUGGGCCGACAAGGUGGAAUGGCAGCUCCUCGGGACCACCCUGUUGCAUAUCGCGGGAGCGACUGCUAUUUUAACCAGGCGCCGUUGGGAGUACAAGGAGUGACCGAGCAGACUAUGUCGCCCCGAAUUCACUCGUGGACUAGACCACUGUAUAUAACCUUCUGUAUGAUACCUUGUGCCUUUGGCGUGUGACCAUAACUUGAAUCGCGGCCGAUGAAUGGCUGCGAGUCGCAACAUGUCCGAGAGUACUUAGUGUAUCACGGAGGCCAUUU